AUGGCUUCCCAUGAAACUCCUAAUUCAAGAGUUGCCAAGGCCUUCAAUGCUAUGAACGACUUGGGAAUUUCUCAUGAUGAAGUAAAACCAGUGUUACAAAAGCUAUUAAAAUUGCAUGACGAGAAUUGGGAAUAUAUUGAAGAAGAUAACUAUCAAACACUUGUAGAUGCAUACUUUGAGCAUAAGGAAGAUAAGGAAUCAAAAGAUAAGAGAAAAGCUCUCAUUAGUCAUCAUGAUGGAGAAAGACAAACACAACCAUUGGCGAAUAAAGAUGAUGUGCUUUUUUUAACCACAAACAACUCAAGACAAAAAUUUACCAUGGAAGAGAAUGAAAUGCCUCCAAGUUCGUCUGAAGUUUUGACUAGAAAUCAUCAUAUCAAAUUGGUGUCAUCUCUGUAUCUGGAUUUAAACAGUGUCAUUAAUUCUGCACACAAUAAUAACCCCACAAGCAGCAAGGCUACUAUUGACAUUGCCUCUUCAGCUUUAGGAGAAGUGAAAAUUUUUUUAAACUGUGACCAUGCACUUGAAAACAAUGCAAACAUAUUGACAAAUGGACCACAACAAGCUAUUGCUCAAGAUGAGAAGUUAUUUCAUUUUCUUAGUGACAUAACAAAAGGUUCAGAAAAGGUGAAGAUAUCAUUGAUAGAUGAGUAUGGUAAGGGGGAAUUGCCAAAUUUUAAUUACAUGCCACACAAUCUAAUAUAUCAGAGUGCUAAUGUAAAUAUUUCACUGGCUCGUAUUGCGGAUGAAGGUUAUUGCUCAAAUUGUUCAGGAAACUGUCUUUCUCAAUCAUUACCUUGUGCAUGUGCUCAAGAAACUGGUGGAGAGUUUGCUUACACUCUUCAGGGCUUGCUGAAAGAUGAAUUUCUAACAUCUUGCAUGUCUAUGAAAAAGGAACCCCAAACUCAUCAAUUGGUGUAUUGUCAAGAGUGCCCACUAGAGAGGUCUAAGAAUGAAUGCAUGCCUGAGCAAUGCAAGGGGCAUCUAAUCAGGAAGUUUAUUAAGGAAUGUUGGAGGAAAUGUGGAUGUGACAUGCAGUGUGGAAAUCGAAUAGUGCAACGAGGUUUAAGAUGCAAAUUACAGGUUUUCUUUACUAGUGAUAAAAAAGGUUGGGGUCUUAGAACACUGGAAGAUUUGCCUAAGGGAUCCUUUAUAUGUGAAUAUGUUGGAGAAAUAUUAACCAACAUGGAGUUGCAUGAAAGAAUUAUGCACAAAAAUGGCAAUGACAAACAUACAUAUCCUGUGACCCUUGAUGCAGACUGGGGCUCAGAAGUUGUAUUAAAGGAUGAGGAGGCACUGUGUCUAGAUGCAACAUAUAAUGGAAAUGUUGCUAGGUUUAUCAAUCAUAGAUGCUCAGAUGCAAAUUUGAUGGAUAUUCCUGUUGAAGUAGAGACUCCUGAUCGCCAUUAUUAUCAUCUUGCCUUCUUUACUAACAAGAAAGUGAAUGUUUAUGAGGAGUUAACAUGGGAUUAUGGUAUUGACUUUGACGAUCAUGACCAUCCUAUCAAAGCAUUCCAAUGUUGUUGUGAAAGCCCAUUCUGCCGUGACAAGAAGCGAAAAGGUCAAUUAAAUAAUCUAAGUAUUUAG